CUCAUCAACAUUCACACUCACCCACACCCACCUUCCAAAUUCAAGCUCAAGUUUCCUCUUCCUUUUUUUCUCAACACGUACGUACGCACGAUCACGCGCGCGAUGGGUAGCCUUAAGUUGGUAUGCGCGGUCCUCUUGUGCAUGAUGGUGGCCGCACCCGUUGCCCGGGCGUCCCUGACAUGCCCACAGAUAAAAGGCAACCUCACGCCAUGCGUGCUCUACCUGAAGAACGGCGGCGUUCUUCCUCCCUCUUGCUGCAAGGGCGUCAGGGCUGUAAACGACGCCUCCAGGACCACGUCCGACCGCCAGUCCGCUUGCAACUGCUUGAAAGAUACAGCCAAAGGCAUCGCUGGCCUCAACCCUAAUCUUGCUGCUGGCCUCCCCGGCAAGUGUGGUGUCAACAUUCCUUACAAGAUCAGCCCCUCCACCAACUGCAACAACGUGAAGUGAGGAUGAUAGAGCAGCGAUUUGCGGCCGCCGGAGAUGAGUAGCGUUGGGAAUAAAAGCAAAAUUGUCGAGCCCGGAUGGGGCUCGAUCCACUUGAUUUCUCGAGUGAUUACGGUCGUGUCUUUGUUGUAGCUCCGGUCGGUCCAUCUAUGAAAUUACCACUUAUAAAAUCUAUGCUACUUAUGUUAUGUUCA